AGAAAACGCUCUCAGGUAGUGCCCGUUGUGCCGUUGACGCCGAGUUAUGUUGUCCUCUUUCUAAAUCUAAACACGCUUUGGUGACUUCAAUCAACAACACCGCGAGCAUGGCGCCGAAGCCGAAGAAGACAGACCUCGGGGCAGGCCUGAACGUUGCGAAGAAGACGGUCGAGAAUCACCCGGCUGGUCCACCGAAACAUGGAGAGUUGUCGCAGGCUGAACGAGCCUUUACGUUGGCGUCGACGUUUAUGUCGGGAGUUUUGGCUAUAAGCGCAUCCCAAUUCCUCGGUGCUCCUCUGAAGCUCAUCGAUCCUGCCUUUUACGAUGGAUACAUGGCAUAUACGAAAGAGUCGUUCGCGAUCUUGAUUACCUGUCUAACACAAUGGUGGGCCCCAACCGUGGUGCGCGUGAGCGGAGAUGAAAGCAUGGCCGGCCAGCUUUCACAGAUGAAGGAUGGCAGUCUGAAAUGCAACUUCUCUGAUCGGAUGGUUAUGAUGGCAAACCACCAACUCUAUACCGAUUGGCUAUAUCUUUGGUGGAUCGCCUACACAAAUGGCAUGCACGGCUACAUCUACAUCAUCCUGAAGGAGUCUUUAAAGAACAUUCCAAUCCUUGGAUGGGGUGCUCAGUUCUACAAUUUCAUCUUUCUAUCCCGGAAGUGGGAAGACGACAAGCACCAAUUCAAACAACAUCUAGCGACACUGAACAAACCAAAGGACCCUAUGUGGUUACUCAUAUUCCCCGAAGGGACGAAUCUUUCGCAAUCUACGAGAGAGGCCAGCAAAAGAUGGGCGGACAAGAACGGAUUGCAGGACAUGAAACAUCAGCUUCUCCCGCGGAGCACCGGGUUACGCUUUUGUUUACAAGAAUUGCGGGAAACCAGUCAUUGGCUCUAUGAUUGCACCAUUGCCUACGAAGGUGUUCCUCCCGGUCAGUUCGGGCAAGAUAUUUUUACCCUUCGAUCCUCUUUCUUCGAAGGCCGUCCCCCAAAGUCAGUCAAUAUGCACUGGCGACGAUUCCACGUCGACUCCAUUCCGAUAGACAACCCGAAGGCCUUCGACGUCUGGCUUAGAAAUCGAUGGAGAGAAAAGGAUUACCUGCUUGAAUACUUCACCCGUCACAGCAAGUUCCCAGCCGACGACUACUGGAAAGAUCAGCUCGAUGUUAGCGAUACGAGCUCGGGCAGUCAUAGCAUUAGAAACGUUGCUCCAGCAGCUCGCAUGAUUGAGACCGAGGUCAAAUCUGGCAGCUGGAACGAGUUCGUCAAGAUAUUCGCUCCGAUAACAAGUGUCAUGAUGGCACUUACUCUGGCAUAUGGAGCUUCCCCAGCUGAUCUACCUAUCCCGGGAGGGACAGAGUUCCUCACACAGCAAAUGGGGGCUCUUUUAGGAGCGGGAGACGCAGCAAUGAAAGGACCCCCAAAUCCGGAACAAAUGGAGAAACUCAUCGAGGGAGCGGCUAAAAUGUCAGCCGCACAGACUGUGGAACCCAAGAACCAGGAUAAGGUGCAAAGGCUGACACAAGAGCAUCUUGCUCAGUUGGUGAAAGAGAGUGCCAUCAAAAAUGGCAUGGUCUUGCCAAAUGGCCUUCCGACAGUAGGCCAAAAGCGAAAGGCCGUAUCUACCGUGGGGCCUCCAAGACGAACACCAAUUGGUACCCAGAAGUACCCUCCCAAAGCACAAAGUGUGGCAAACCUACGAAGUACGCGAGGUCCAAGCACUGCUACCAAACAACCGGCACUUCCCUUGAAAGCAAAACCGGCACCUUCAGGCCCAAUGACGACUGUGAUGACCAAGUCAGGAGUUCCAAUCCAAGUAGCCAAGAGCGAGGUCGAAAAAGUAAAAGGCGGCGGCGUUGUCAUGACCAAAUCAGGCAUUCCAAUUCAUAUCUCCAAAGGCGAGGCGGAGAAAGCGCAAAGUGGCAGAACGUUCACGACGGCAUCUGGUGUUACUAUCCAGGUAUCUCCAAGUAUCGGGAAUCCAGUGAAAAGGGAGUCCAAGCCGGCGGCUUCAGGCUCUGGGCCUAAGUCUUUAGGAAAGGUCGGUCCCCAGGCGUCUCAGAAGCCGGCAGUUAAACCGACGACGAAGCCAACAAUACCGAAGACGAUACAGCAGAAGCCGAAAGCAAACCAAGGCUUGGCUGUCCAGAAUCCUCCCGUCAGGAAGCCAGUCACAGCACCAAAGACUGCGGCGAAACCAGCUGGCUCUCAGCUGAAUGGUGCUACUCCGAAGAAGCAGCCAGCCUCAACCGGCCCACCAAAGAUCCAGGCCCCUAAGACUACACCUAAAAAACUAGCGACAUAAUGUUGUUUGUGAAUGUGCUACCAAAUAGCUGAUGAUUCUUGUAUGAUAAUGUUUCUAGCACGGCGUUUUGGGUCAUUGGGUUGAUGAUGUUCUAGAUUAACAUGGUUGCUAUACGCAGCAACCAUUUGGUUUGCCCGGUUAUGCUACUAUUCUGGAAGGGAUCUAUAGGGUUCGAAGUUCAAAAUGAAUACUACCGUCAUGGGAGACAAAGAUAGCUUGCCAAAAUGCACAUGCCACAUGAAGCUAU